AUGCGACGAGAGUUGUUUCUUCACAUUUUGAACGGUGUUACAACAUAUGACGAAUGGUUCAUCCAGAAACCCGAUGCCCUCGAUCGUAUGGGGUUCACUCCUAUCCAGAAGAUGACUGCUGCAAUCUGUAUACUUGCAUAUGGAAUUUCAGCUGAUCUUUGUGACGAUACCAACGCUCACCAAAUGCAGACGACAUUACACGUUUACUUCGAGAAGGGGAAGAGAGAGGUUUUCCAGAACUGCCCCACAGCAUGGCAUGGCACGCACACGGGAAGAAGCCAUAAACCUACCCUCAUAUUGGAGGCUGUUGCAUCGAAAAAUCUGUGGAUCUGGCAUGCUUUCUUUGGUAUGGCUGGUUCACACAAUGAUUUGAAUGUUCUCGAUCAUUCCCCAGUAUUCAAGAGCAUGAUCAAUGGUUCAAUGCCUCCAGUUAAUUACGUGGUGAAUGGGCAUCGGCGUACAAUAGGGUAUUACCUAUCUGAUGGUAUAUAUCUUAAGUGGGCAACUUUGAUGCAGACCAUCCUGCACCCAACAACAGUCAAAGAGAAAUUAUUUGCUAACAAACAAGAAACUGUUAGGAAAGAUGUAGAACGGGCGUUCGGCGUGUUGCAGAUAAGGUGGGCUAUAACGCAUCAACCGGUACUUUAUUGGAAUACAGAAGAUCUAAACAAUAUAAUGAGAACGUGCAUCAUAUUACACAAUAUAAUCAUUGAAGACGAGGGCGAACACAUUUUGCAAUGGACACCUCCGACAGAUGACCCAAUUUCCCUUCCACAUUACGUUCGAAACCCAUCAAUGUUGGCGGCACACAUUUCCUCUCGCCUAAGUAGGAUUCGCAAUAGAUCAGACAAUGCCGAUCUUAGGAGAGAUCUCAUGGAACAUUUAUGGAAUCAAUUUGGUAAUGAAGAUGUUUAA